AUGUUCAUCCUCACCCGGGUCCAGCUUCAGAUAAACGUAUUACUUCACGGAAAGGGAGACAACCCAGAUAUCCAUGUACUAAAUGUGAAAGAGGAGUUACCUCUCGUAGUAAAGCAAUUAACAAAUGCUGACUGGAGUACUUGUUUUUACUCUACUGAUGUUAAUACUGCAUGGAUUUCUUUUAAAAAUGUGUUUACUAGUGUUUUAGACUAUGUGGCCCCAGUAAAGGAAGUAAGACUACGUAACCAGUCAGAGCCUUGGAUUAACUCCGAAAUACUAGAUAGUAUCAAACAAAGAGACUCGUAUUUAUAUAGAUACAAAAGGUAUGGUGAAAGAGAGGAUUAUAAGAUUUUUUGUAAAGUACCUGAUGAAAUGAAGUUGGCUAGAGUAAAACCACUUUACAAGAAGAAUAGUGUUCUAGAAGUUGGUAAUUAUAGGCCUGUCAGUAUUUUAAGUGUAGUUUCAAAAAUUUUAGAGAAAGCGGCUUAUGUUCAACUUGAAACAUUUUUGGUUUCCAAUAAUUUACUGUAUGAACACCAGUCUGGUUUUAGAAGGUGUUAUUCUACAGAUAGCUGUCUUAUUCACUUACAAGAUGUUAUAAGAAUUAAUACUAGUAAAGGGUUAUACACAGGUAUGGUGAUGCUUGACUUGCAAAAGGCGUUUGACACCGUAGACCAUGAUAUUCUUAGUGGAAAGUUAGAAUUAAUGGGUGUUCAGUCUAUUUCCUGGUUCAGAUCAUAUCUUUCAGAACGUUCACAAAUUGUUAAUAUCGGAAAUACUUACUCUAAAUCAAACAGUGUGACCUGUGGCCUCCCCCAAGGUAGUAUUCUAGGGCCGUUGCUUUUUCUGUGCUACGUAAAUGAUAUGAUUUUAAGUAUUGAUAAUGAUUGCAAGUUAAUACUGUAUGCAGAUGACAGCACUAUUUUAUUCUCACAUAAAGACCCGAAUUUCAUCUCAGAAAAACUUGGGACAGCCCUAGAAAGCUGUUCAGAAUGGCUUGUAGACAAUAAGCUGUCACUCCACCUUGGAAGCGAAGCGGGUAGUCCUAGAAGCCAUCAAUCUGGAAGUCCAAUGAGGGAAGGGUCAGUAUCUCCUGCCCAUAGUGGUGCAUCCGGCAGUCCAAUGCAUGAAGGAUCAGUAUCUCCUACACACAGUAAAGGUUCCAGAAGUCCUGACAGAGAGGGUUCAGUUUCCCCAGCUCAUAGUGCUGCUUCAGGAGGUCCUGACAGAGAGGGUUCAGCGUCCCCUGGUCAGAGGUCAGGGAGCCCUCACAGAGAAGGAUCUGCCUCACCAGCUCAUAGUGCAAGGUCACAUUCUCCGGACAAAAGUAGGUCAGCCUCGCCUAGGAGUGUCCACAGUGGUGGGGAUGGCAGUCCUUCACACAGUAGAGAAGGAUCAGCAAGUCCUGCAGGAAGUCAUAGGUCUGGAGGAUCUGCUAGAAGUCGAUCUGGUAGCCCUGCUCACAGUCAUAAAUCUGCACGUAGUAGAUCAGGAAGUCCUGCACAUAGUGAAAGGUCUGCUCGUAGUAGAUCUGGAAGCCCUGCACAUAGUGAAAGGUCUGCCCGUAGUAGAUCUGGAAGCCCUGCACAUAGUGAAAGGUCUGCUCGUAGUAGAUCUGGUAGCCCUGCACAUAGUGAAAGGUCUGCUCGUAGCAGAUCAGGGAGUCCUGCACACAGUGAAAGGUCUGCUCGUAGUAGAUCUGGUAGCCCUGCACACAGUGAACGGUCUGGUAGUCCUGCACAUAGUCAUAGGUCUGCUCGCAGCAGAUCUGGUAGCCCAGCACAAAGCAGAGAAGGUUCAGCUAGCCCAGCUGGUAGUCGUAGAUCAAGAAGCCAUUCAGGUAGCCCUGCUCGUAGUAGAUCAGGAAGUCCAGCAUCCAAAAGGUCAAGGUCAGGUUCGAGGAGUCCAGCAGGAAGCCACAGGAGCAGAUCUGGGAGUCCAUCAGAACAUGGCAGUCAGAAGAAAGAUGGGCAUGCUUCUGAUUCAGAUGAUUCUAUAAUAGGUCGUAAGAAAGUACCGUCAGAAGAUGAUGGGCUGUCUGACAUCGAGGGUGGGGAACAAGUGCAAGCCACUGUGGAUGAUCUGUUUGGUGAUGCUGAUGAUAUAAGUUCUGAUGAAGAGGCUAAGAAAGAUUUAGAUAAAAAAGAUGAUGAUAGAGGAGAUGAUGAUGAUGAAGGUAGAACUCAGAAACCAAUGAUAGAAGGUUCGGAUGAAGAAAACCAGGAACCAGAAGAGGCUCCGGAAACGAGAAUUGAAGUUGAAAUCCCGAGAAUCAAAACCAACCUCGGCAAAGCUGUACAUUAUGUUAAAUUGCCCAACUUUCUCAGUGUGGAAACAAGACCAUUUGAUUCUCAGACAUAUGAAGAUGAGAUAGAUGAAGAUGAAGUGUUAGAUGAAGAAGGUAGAACAAGAAUGAAGCUAAAAGUUGAAAACACAAUAAGAUGGCGGACAUUGAAAGACGAGGAAGGAAAUGAUUUAAAAGAUGAGGAAGGUAAACCAAUGAGAGAAAGUAAUGCCAGGGUUGUCAGAUGGUCAGACGGAAGUAUGUCACUACAUCUAGGGGAGGAAAUAUUUGACAUACACACUAUGCCAAUUCAAGGAGAUUUUAACCAUUUAUUUGUACGACAAGGAACUGGUUUACAGGGACAGUCUAUAUUCAAAACUAAACUUACAUUUAGACCACAUUCCACAGAAUCAUUUACACAUAGAAAGAUGACCCUGUCAUUAGCUGAUAGAUCUACAAAGAAACAGAAAGUUAAAAUUCUACCAAUAUCAGGACAUGAUCCUGAAUCACAAAGAUCGGAAAUGAUCAAAAAAGAGGAAGAAAGAUUACGGGCAUCAACGAGGUUAGAGAGUCAGAAACGUCGUGUACGUGAGCGGUCACAUGCGAAGGGUCUCAGUCACAGUUAUCUCGAGGGUUACGAGGAUGAGGAGGAGGAAGGAGGAAUUUCAUUAUCAGCCAUUAAAAAUAAAUAUAAACGUGGAGAUAAAAGAGAUCGUCCUCAUAUAUAUUCAUCAGACAGUGAUGAAGGAGGUUAUGAUUCAGAACAAGAAGAUACUGGUGCCAAACGAUUAAUGAAAGCUAAAAAAGUCAUCAGCGAUGAUGAGGAUUCUGAAACUGAGACGUUACCUAAGAAGAAGAAAGCUCGGGUUGUUGAAAGUAGUGAUGAAGAGGAGGGCGGGGCCAAGGGUAGUGAAGAUGAGGCGGGUGGAGCUAUGGACACAGGGGGUAAUGCCAGUGGUGGAGGGGGUGGUAGUGACUCAGACUGAAAAUGAUAAAAAGUGUUCUGAAGUAUGGAAGUGUAUAAUAGUGACAAGUGCUUGUCUUGUGUAGCAGUAACACAAGGGGUUUAAGAGUGGUGGGAUAAGAUGCAGUUUUUGGUUACGUUGUCAUAUGCUGAAGAAUUUACUGUAUAAUUUAGCAACAUCAUAUAGCUGCCUGCAGGAUUACAAAACUACACACUACAACAGUCACUUUUUAUAACUGUAAUGUUUUUGUUUGUUUUAGUGAAAAAAUUCAUGAUGACAAAUGAAGUUGAUUGAUUUGUCAUGUUUUGAUGUAAUAAAAAAGUAGAUAUAACAAAAACAUAAUCGUAUCAUCUAUGUCUGUAGUUCAAUGUUUUGAGAAUUUUUUCUUCAUUUCAUUGUUAUCUAGCUACUGGAAAAUUAUACCCCCGCACAACAAAGUUGUAAGGGGGGUAUACUGGAAUCAGGUUGUCCGGCUGUACGUCGGUUUCUUCUUGUCCGCCCAAUAACUAAAGAUUCCUUUGACCCUUAGUCUUCAUAUUUGGCAUGGAGGUUAGUCAUGAUAAGUAGAUGACCCCUAUUGAUUUUGAGGUCACCAGGUCAAAGGUCAAGGUCACAGGGGCCUUGACUUCAAAAAGCUUGUCUGCCCAAUAACUUAAUAUUCCUUUGACCCAUAGUCUUCAUAUUUGACAUUGAGGUUAGUCAUGAUCUAGUAGAUGACCCCUAUUGACUUUGAGGUCACCAGGUCAAAGGUCAAGGUCACAGGGGCCUUGACUUCAAAAAGCUUGGCCACUCAGAUUCCUUUGACCCACAGUCUUCAUAUUUGGCAUGGAGGUUAGUCAUGAUUGGUAGAUGACCCCUAUUGACUUUGAGGUCACCAGGUCAAAGGUCAAGGUCACAGGGGCCUCUACUUCAAAAAGCUUGUCCGCCAAAUAACUUAAUAUUCCUUUGACCCACAGUCUUCAUAUUUGGCAUGGAGGUUAGUCAUGAUUAGUAGAUGACCCCUAUUUACUUUGAGAUCACCAGGUCAAAGGUAAAGGUCACAGGGGCCUUGACUUCAAAAAGCUUGUCUGCCCAAUAACUUAAUAUUCCUUUGACCCAUAGUCUUCAUAUUUGACAUUGAGGUUAGUCAUGAUUAGUAGAUGACCCCUAUUGACUUUGAGGUCACCAGGUCAAAGGUCAAGGUCACAGGGGCCUUGACUUCAAAAAGCUUGGCCACUCAGAUUCCUUUGACCCACAGUCUUCAUAUUUGGCAUGGAGGUUAGUCAUGAUUGGUAGAUGACCCCUAUUGACUUUGAGGUCACCAGGUCAAAGGUCAAGGUCACAGGGGCCUCUACUUCAAAAAGCUUGUCCGCCAAAUAACUUAAUAUUCCUUUGACCCACAGUCUUCAUAUUUGGCAUGGAGGUUAGUCAUGAUUAGUAGAUGACCCCUAUUUACUUUGAGAUCACCAGGUCAAAGGUAAAGGUCACAGGGGCCUUGACUUCAAAAAGCUUGUCUGCCCAAUAACUUAAUAUUCCUUUGACCCAUAGUCUUCAUAUUUGGCAUGGAGGUUAGUCAUGAUUAGUUGAUGACCCCUUUUGAUUUUGAGGUCAAAGGUAAAGGUCACAGGGGCCUUGACUUCAAAAAGCUUGUCCGCCCAAUAACUGUAGAUUCCUUUGACCCACAGUCUUCAUAUUUGGAAUUGAGGUUAGUCAUGAUUAGUAGAUGACCCCUUUUGAUUUUGAGGUCACUGGAUCAAAGGUCAAGGUCACAAACACUUUGACUUCAAAAAGUUUGUCCACCCAUUAACUUACGAUUCCUUUGACCCUCAGUCUUCAUAUUUGGCAUGGAUGUUGAUCAUGACCAUAAGGUGACCCCUAUUGACUUUGAGGUCACUGGGUCAAAGGUCAAGGUCACAGGGACCUUGACAAAAAAAAGCUUUUCUUCUCAAUUGCUAAAGAAUGCCUGUUUGCAGUGUAUUGAUUUUGACAUUUUCGCAUUUGAAGCAUGUAGAAUACAUAACUUAGCAUUGCAAUGGCUUAGUAACCUCAGAUUUGGCAGGGAGGUUGUCCCUGAGCUCUAAAUGGCCACUGUUGAUUCUGACAAAGUGGUAUGCGGGGGUAUUCAAGCCAUGAUAGUGGCAGUUCAAGUUUUCUUAGACAAUUAAGCAUGUUUUAUAUUCAUUUUAUUUAGUGAAAUUCUAUAAUACAAAUAUAAGAAAUCUAUUUUUUUUUCAUAAACAAGUAGACUAAGAAAUGUGCAAUAUUUAAUAAAAAGUUAUUUCUGAUCUCUGUAUAGUACGAUCUGUCGGUCAUUAAAGAUAUGCUAUGUUUAUCUUUGAGUAAAAUAAACUUUCAUUGUAUAAAUGUAUUGACAUCUAUGAAAUUCUUGAUAAGUAAAUCUUAUUUCAAUAAAAGAAUAUAGAAACUGUGUAAGGGGAGCUACAUUGCCUAUUAUGGGUCAAGUAAAGAUGGUUCUAAAAAAAUUGCAAGUUUUUUAAUUAUUAAUGGCACUAUAUAUUCAUAUUAUGACCACCCAUAGUGUGUAUAGUAUGAACAUAACAUAUAUAUUUUGUGUGAAGUCAAAACACGUUAAUUUUAUGUAUAAGUAGAGACGGUGUAGUAAUUAUGAAUAUUUUCAAGUUUAAGAUUUGAGCAUAGUACAUCUGCAACUGACUUUUAAAACAGAUGCUUAUCAAAUAUCACUUGGGACUUGAAUUCUAUUAUUUGAGGAAACACUAAUAUCUUGUGUCAAGUUAUGGUAAACCUAUCUGUAGACAUACAAGAGUAACCAUAACUUGACACAAGAUAUUAGUGUAGACAUACAGUUGCUGAUAGGGACUUUGAGUCUAUAAAGAGAUAUGUUGUUUUGUUUUGUUAAUUGUUUUAACAAUGUAAAUCAUGAAGUUAGACAAAGAAGCCCAAAGGGUACAGAUCAAUGUUAUGUAAAUCAUGAAUCAUUUUGUUUACAACACAUUUAUGAUGCUGUAAAUUGCAAUGUAUUAAUUUUUGAAAAGCAAAAUAAAAUUGAUAUGAAUUUA